UUUCUCCUUGUUGUCAUGGCUUAUGACCGAUAUGCUGCCAUUUGUUACCCUCUUCGUUAUGGGAGUAUAAUGACCAAUAAGGCUUGUAUUCAGCUUAUACUUACUUGCUGGAGUAUGAGUAUUCUGUCUGUAGCAGUCCCAGCAUUUUCUGUCUCAAAGCUAAUUUUUUGUGGACCCAACAAAAUUGACCAUUUCUUUUGUGAAUUUAAUCCACUGUUGAAACUCUCCUGUUCCAAUACCCAUAUUAUACAAAUGAUUUUCAACUCUCUCUCUUGGAUUAUAAUUGUUGGUUGUCUUAUUUGUAUUGCAGUAUCCUAUGUAUUUAUCAUUUCAACUAUCAUAAAAAUUCCUUCCAGACUUGGGAAAAGGAAAGCCUUUUCUACUUGUGCUUCUCAUUUAACAGUUGUUGGAAUAUUCUAUGGAACAGUCAUUUUUAUAUAUCUUGGGCCAUCAGUGAACAUACCUUUUCAACAAAAUAAAGUGGUCUCUGUAUUUUACAUCAUAGUCACCCCUGUUUUAAACCCCAUCAUUUACAGCUUCAGAAAUGAGUUACUGAGAAAAGCAGCAUCUAGUUUGGCCAAAAGAAUAACAAUGCAAUGUUUUUGUAGACAGUAA